AUGCAGUUCACCAUCGCCGCUAUUGCUGCUUUCGCCGCCUCUGUCUCUGCCAUGGCUCUUAACACCACCGCUUCUGCUAGCCCCGUCUACGUUACUGAGGUUGUUACCCAUUUGACCACUUUCUGCCCUGCCGCAACAACUUUGACUGCUGGCUCUCACACCAUCACCGUCACUGCUCCUACUACCAUCACCAUUGAGGAUUGUUCGUGCACACUGGUCAAGACUAGCUCUGUUGCCGUCCCUACCGCACCUGUUGUCACCGCUCCCUACAACAACGGUACCAUUGCCACCAAGACCUCUGGUCACGCAUCUGGCACUGGCGCCGCUGCCUCCAGCACCAAGCCCGCCCACUUCACCGGCGCUGCUUCUUCCAUGAACGUCGCUGGUGCCGCCGCUGCCGCCCUCGGCAUGGCCGCUCUCAUCCUCUAA